AUGGCCAAAUCUCGCGAAGACCUCAACCAGCUCGCCCGCCAGCUCAAAUCCCUCCAUGUCCCUGGCCAGCCUCUGAUCCUGACAAACGUCUACGAUGCCUGCACCGCCUCGGUGGUGGCCGGCCUCCCUUCGACCAAGGCCGUGGCGAGCGCCUCUUUUGCCAUCGCCGCCAGCAUGGGCAUCGUGAAUGAAGACACCAUGUCGCUCGACGACAAUCUGGCUGGGGUUCGCCGGGUGGCUACUGGUCUACGCAACGCCGGCAAGGCCGACACGUUGCCGCUGACGGCAGAUUUACAGGACGGGUAUGCGGAUCCGGGAGACUCGAUCCGACAGGCCAUCGAGAUUGGAGUCGUCGGCUGCAACAUCGAGGACGUCGACAACAGCUCCCAACCUCCGAAGCUGAGACCCCUCGACGAAGCAAAGAGCCGGAUCGAGGCGGCCGUUCGAGCGGCCAGGGAGGCAGGGGUCCCCGAUUUCGUGGUCAAUGCCCGCACCGACGUCCUGGGGUUCGACGGGACGAUUGACGACGUGGUGGAGCGUGGGCGCGCCUAUCUUGACGCGGGUGCUACAACCGUGUUUGUCUGGGGCGUGAGGAAGAAGGUCAUCAGCGAAGACGAGGUCAGGGACAUGGCCAACAGACUGGACGGCAAACUGGCCGUGCUUGCGCAGGGCUGUACCAUUGAAGCCUUGAAACGGGCUGGUGUCAGCCGCAUCUCCGUGGGGCCUACACUGUUGUUGAGGGCGCUCAAGUUCAUUGAGAAUGAGGCUACAGCUAUCCUGGAAGUGAACCAGUGGUCCAUGAGUACAUAA